AUGAAUAAAUUAGCUCCAAGCAAAUGUACAGUAUAUGUUUCAAAUCUUCCAUUCAAUUUGACAAACAACGAUUUACAUAAAGUAUUUGAAAAAUAUGGAAAAUUAGUUAAAAUUACAAUAGUUAAAGAUAAAACAACACGACAAAGUAAAGGAGUGGCAUUUGUAUUAUUUCUUAAUCAAAAUGAAGCUAACAUUUGUGUUAAAUCUACAAAUGGCAUACAAAUGUUCGGAAGAACGUUAAAAAGUUCUAUUGCAGUAGACAAUGGCCGUAGUACUGAAUUUAUCAGGAAACGUCAGUAUACUGACAAAAGUUUUUGCUACGAAUGUGGCAAAGAAGGCCAUCUUAGUUACAAAUGUCCAGAAAAUUGUUUGGGUGAACGACAGCCACCACCUAAAAAGAAAAAAAAGAAAAACUUAGAUAGUAAUGAAGGAUGUAGCAAAAAUCAAGAAUCUUAUCUUAGCUCAGAAGAGGAUACAGAAUUUUAUGACAGAACUAAAAAUGACAAAGAAAGAAAUAGUGAUGAAGAAAAAUGUGAUACAUCUCAUAUGGAAACAUUAAGUGCAGUAAUACACGAAGAACAAGAGAAUAAUAUUGACCAGUCAAGCAAAGUUGAGGUGUUACAUAAAAAAGUGUACCGUAAAGAUUCAUACUUCAGCGAUGAGGAGGAACUUAUUGAAUAA